AUGUUUAAUGGACGCAAGCCAUCAGGGUCUGGCAGUAACUGGUCCCAACCAAAAAUAUUUCCUCCUGGGACUGGGUCAUCAGAUUCCAGCUCUGCUCUCACAAUGGAAAAUGUGAAAAGGCUGGAAAAGGAGUACACGACUUCUGAAGAAGCCUUCAAUAAGCAGAGAAUACAAGAUUAUAUUAAGCAGACUAAUCUUGCUCUCUUCAACAACAAGACGACCAGGAAAACCAGCACAGAGGUUGUCUGGGAGGCAGAGUCUGAGGGACCCUCCUCGUCCUUUCCCGCAAACAGAAGUGAAAAUAGCAAAGAAGUUUGCUGGAAGACCUCUGAAAAAAUGUCAAGGAAAGAUAAGCUAUUAAGAGCACCAGCGACAGAUUCCCCGUCAACUCGGCUCACUGGCUCUAAGCCAAAGGAAUCCAAACAGCGUGUAGACGACUAUCCUGCCUCCUGCUGCAGCAUGGAGGAUGAGAUGACCCAGACAGAGUGGAGCUAUUCAGAUGAGUCCCUGGCUGCCAGAGAGGAUGGUAAGUUCAUUUAAAGCAGAGAGGAGAAGAGCUCAGAGCCUGUGGGUGGUGGGAGCAGCCCUAAGCCCACAGAAGGCAAAGCCGUGGAGGUCCUCUCCAGGGACACCAAGGUGUAUCCCGAGGCCAGAGAGAAAGAGGGGCCAGUUGAAGCCGAGGAAGAGGCAGCAGCGGAGGAUGGAGAGGAGAAUAACCAAGCAGGACUGUGUGAUAAAGCCGUGCAGCAGCCUGUCGAGCCUGCCCAAGCGAGUCCAAGGCCAGAGUCAGAUGAGGAGCCACUGUCCAUGGGAGGAGAGCAUGAGGAUGAUGGGACGGCAGCUGCCCUCUGCCCAGGCGAGGAGACCACUUGGAUGGAAAAGUCUGAAAAGUGCACCUUCUGCAGCGCUCCUGAAAAGCCAGUCCCAACAGUGGUGGAUCUGAAGGAACAACACCAAGAAAAUAUGAGUCUGCCCCUAUUUUGCUGCAGGAGAUAUAAGGAAGUGUUUGUUGCUGUCAUCCAAGAGCUGAUGAGCAAAGAUAAAGCAGAGGAAAAGCUGGUCAUCAUUUCUCAUUCCGACCCUUCCCAAGCUGAGCUGAGGAGCAGCAUCAAGGAGAAACUGCUGAAGCAGUUGGAUGAAGGAGGCUUUGAGAACUACAGGGAAAUAUUUCAGCAGUAUCUGAGAUUUGUUGCCCGGACUAGAAUCUUUUUCAGACUCUCAAAAAAUAAUGAAUACGCUGUCGGACUGAAAACUACCCCUUUCAAAAAGCACCGACUGACAUCAGCACCUCUAGAAGACCUGCUGGAGCCAGACAGUGAGUUUGUUGCAGUGCACUUAAAGCACUGCCGUUCUGAGCCUGUAAGACGAAGUUAUCCUGAUGGACGGACAUUUUCUCUCUUGUUCCCAGAUGGAAGUGGCCAGGUUUACUACCCGUCGGGACACGUGGCCAUUCUCAUCAUGUUUUCCAAGGAAGCCUUGUUCACCUAUUGCGUCCUGGAGGACAGCAGGUACCCAGGAAUCAGGGCUGCCUUCAGGACCCAUGGCCACGGGGUCUGCAUCCACCCUGAUGGCCAACUCUGGGCCACCCUGGACCCCUGCACUGGGAUCUGCUUGGACCAGACAGGGGCCUGCCAGAAGCGCUGGAAGUGGCAUGACUUCAGCCACCACGUUCACAGCCCUCCUUUCCAGUCCAUCACCAUGAAACUGAACAACUACAUCACCAUUAAAAUCCUGGCUCAAGAUCAAAUUGAUUUAUUGUUCACCAGCAGCAGCGAUAGCAUCCGUUUCAACGUGGGGUCCCAGCUCAAGUGGAAAGACCCAGACACAAGUCACCUACUUAAGCGGCCAGAAAGCGAAGAGGAACUCUUCCUUCAGUCUAAAAAGAUUCAGCUCAGGAGCCUGCUGUCCAAAAUACAGACAGUGUUGCAAUACUUUUGGCAACCCCUCUCUCAGUGA